AUGAGAAUGCAACAAGUUUUCAGAGUCUGUAACUCCUGCCGACAUAUUCUGCAGCGUAAACUUAUUCAACCACUGCCUCAGGUGAGCCAAGCUCUAAGCUACACAACCGAACCCACAAGAUACACAGUCUCAUAUGAAGAUUUUAAAUACGUACAAGACAUGUUACCCCCAUCAAGGAUCCCCGAGCCCCCCACACAUGGUUCUUACCCCACUCCAUCAGGCUGGGUUGCCCCAUCAGAAAAAGCACCAGACCUGCCCUACUUUAUCAGCCGAACAAAGUUUCAUGUUUUACCGAUCGUAGAAAAGGAGAAACCCCGAGAUCAACCAGUCACCGUAGUUUUCUACAUUGAUGGAGAUAUUUGGGCUUUGGAGAAAGAAUUGAAAGAGCUCAUAAGGCCUUAUGUUGAGUUUGACCCCGCCACCAGAGUUCAUGAGGUUACGAGGUCAAUCACAUUAAAAGGACACCAUGCUGAAGUUAUUGAAAAGUUUUUGUACGCGAAAGGGUUUUAA